AUGCAGCUCGCUACCAUUCUAGGCGCCUCCUUCAUCGCCGUGGCUUCGGCUGCCCUCCCUCCCAUCAACUUGGGCUAUCUCAGCUACCCCCACGGCAACCAGUUCGUCGCGUGGUCUCCUUUCACUCCGACAACGACGCAAGAGGUCACCGAGGUCUGUGACACCCGCGGCGCCGUCAAGGGCACCGCGACGUGGACCGCCAUCCGCACCUACAAUACCUACGUCUUUGAUCCCAUCUGCCGCAACCCCUUCAACAUCACCGACGCUUCUACGAACACCACAUAUCACGGCUUGGAGCUGGCUUGUGUGGACGAUAAUAUCCCCCUCUACGCCAACCCCGAGGUCACUGCCGUUGUCGACACAAAGACCAAUAAGACGGUUGAGACGUGCGUCCCUGUCUCGCAGGACGGCCAGUCUUGGUACGGAGGUUGUAGCGAUCAUUUCUCGGGCGUCACCUACUCAUUCGCCUGUUCGGCCCAGUAA